AUGGUCUCUGCUACAAGACGAUCAAGCAGAAGACCAGAAAAGAGAUCUGUGGAUGCAGCUGAGAUCUCUGACUCUGGGAAUGAAAGCGAUUUUAUUGAUGAAGGAUACGAUUCUCCACCCGAAGAGAACCAAAAGAGAGCUCGUGGUCAUAAAAGGGCACGCACAAGUUUUGAACCAGAUCCGGAUUUUGUGGAGAAUAAUCUUUACAUUGCAUUGUCUAAUUCUGAAUGUGCUGUCUCUGACUUGGCUCUUGAAUGGGUGGAGCAGUGGAUGUCCGACUCUGAAUCUAACAAAAGCGAAGCCAUCACCGAGCUCUUCAACUUGGUUUUGAGAUGUUGUGGAUGCUAUCAUUUGGCUCAAGAGCAUGAUAUGAUAAAUUAUGAUUCAGCAGAUGCUACUGUUGCGGAUAUCGCAGUUUUUUUUGAAAGGCAAAGAUACCAUGAAUAUCCCUUCAUCUCUAAAAACAAGGACCUCAAGUUCUUUCGACAAAAUGUUAUUGAGUUUUUUGAAAACAUAAUCACCGUGUCACAUGAAAAGGGAUGUCUCUAUAAAGAACAAGACACUGGCGAUUCGUCCUUGGCCUCACCAAUGAUGAAUGAUAUCUUAUCAUGGUUGGCUGCAUUGUCGAGCAGUACUAUUAGGCCAUUUAGAUUUGUCUCCACAGUUGUACACAUGGCGAUUCAAACUCAGAUUUGUGAACAAGCAGUUAGCUUAUCUAUUUCACUUGAGAAACAGCUGCGUCAAUUGAACAAUGCAAAAAAUAACAAAACAAAGCGAAACCAGAGGGCACAAGACAGAAAAAUUGAGAUCAUAUCAGAAACCAUACAAAGUUUUAAACUUCAACAUGAUACCCUAAUUGAAUAUUUGAGUGAUGUAUUUCUGAAUGUCUUCGUACAUCGCUACCGUGAUAUUGACAGUGCGAUCAGAGUUGAAUGUUUGAGAGCUUUGGGUAAUUGGAUGGUAAUCAAUGAAAGUAUGUUUUUUCAAGCUAAAUACUUAAGAUACUUUGGCUGGCUUAUCUCUGAUCCUAAUGAUAGCGUACGAGAGGAAGCAAUUAAAAUAAUCCACAAGCUUUACAAACAUAUAAGCGCUCGGAAUGAAACUAUGGGAAUUGGUUUCCGACAAUUUACGGAGAGGUUCAAGAAGCAAUUCAUUCUCAUGGUGUGGAGCGAGCAACAAAUGAGCAUUAGAAUCCAUCUUUUUGGUAUUUACACCGAACUUUUCAAGUUAGGCUUUUUGGAAACUUCAGAUAUACUGGAUAUUGGUCUGUUUGGAUUUUUUUUGGCAGAAAUGACACACGCUUUAUCCAAUAAAGCUAAAAGAGAGUGGUGCAAAUUUGCGGAGGCAGUCUGUUUGGAGCAACUGACUUCAGAGAUGGAGAAGUUCGAAUCGUUUCUUUCUACUCAUUUCUCCCAUAAGUUUGGUGAAGACGAAGACCAACUUAAUCUAUCUACUUGCCUUCGAUAUAAGGCUUUGAUUCUGUUCUUGCAAAAAUCAUUCCAAGAUUAUACCGACUCGAAGCGCUCUUUGGUUUCUGUUACACCUACAAAACCUUUUCCUGAUGAUUUAAUUUCUGAUUUAUUCCUGGUUAUGUAUUCCUUACCAAGCUUUCAGGGCAGUUGGGAAGUUCUUGUCCAGUAUCUCCUUUGCGAUAUUUCUUCGGUAUCCUUUGGUACUAUUGAUAAUGCAAAUGAUGAUUAUGAUAGAGUUACAGAGCAAACUUUAAAAGAAAGGUUAGAAAUCGCUCGAGGUGCAGAGAAGAACGCCUUCUUAAGUUUGAUCUUAGGAUCCUUUAUUUGCAUACUGUCAAAAAAGAAUUCAAGGAAACAAGAAGAAUCGCAUAGUUCAGAUAACAUUAGUAAUGCUCUACCCGUUCUCGCAUUAUAUUUGUCUGAUCUUGAAAGGCUUCUGAGUAACUCAGUAGAUUCAUACAUCGUCUUUUUGCGCCUAUUCAACUUGUUGCUGUCCUUGGACAUAUCCCUUGCGCAGGUUUUUGCUAACAUGGAGAAGGAAGUGAUUUACAAUGGCCUACAAGGCAGAAUCUUAUCGAUGUUUGCUGAUAUCGAUGACCAAAAUGAACACAUCAAAGCAGUAUUUGAUGAUUAUUUCCUGAUUUUAUUGGGCAGUUAUGAAGAUCAAAGACGAGAAAGGGUGUCAAAUCCGGCUUUAAAUUCCAGUAUUCAAUUAAAGUUGGAGGACUUGGUAAUUUCUCUUUCAUCCGAAGCAAUUGAGGCACUCAAUGAGAAUGGACCCAUGGAAGAUUUUGUUGAAGAAGACGAAGAGUUUGAUUUACCACCUGACCAGAAAGUUCUUUGUAACAAAAUGUUGAAAGCAAAUGCUAGCAUACUCAAAUUGAGCCAACUUGAGAAGGUCAUGAACAUCAAUAAGUUCAUAGCUGAACCAAUUCUCAACCUAGAGAAUAGCCUAUUGGAAGUUCUACAGACGAAAGUGUUGUCGAACGUUGAAUUUCAAUCUCUCAUUAAAUUUUGGCCAAAUAACUACUUGAAAAUCCUGACGGAAAUGGAGAGCUGUUGGUCCGCGACCCUCGAUCUAAUUGCAUUAAGCUUGUGCUGGAAACUUGAAGAUCUAAUGUAUGCUAGCAAUGAUGAUUCUGCCGCUUCGAUCAAUAUUGGAAUGUUUUUGGACGAGCAUUGUCUAUUGUUAAGGGAUGUAUCACGUAUUUUCGUCUCGGUUGAUGAGUCGUUGAAAGGGCUCAAUAGUACAACUUCCGACUCUGACGGGGCAAUGACAAAAUUAAUAAGGAAACUUAUUGACCUAGAGAAAGUCUUCUCUUUCAAAAUUGCUGAUGUGAUAGUUUCUCUCAGAACAUUUUACAGAAAACUUAAAGGGCGAAAUGUUUUUAAACACUUCCAAGAAAUUUUUGAAAGUAAUGAGAGGCUAGGACCCUAUAUCCAAGACAACAUGCGUACAGGGUUGCAAUCGGCGUUAUUGAAUGUCUUUUUCAUUCAAGAAUCAAAGUUGGCUAAAGCGCGUGAGAUUUCCUUGGAACGUGGUGAACUCGAUGAUAUCAACUACGAUGAUUAUAUUGACAGUAUAGAAGAUGAACUCAGCAAGCAUGAGGAGAAGGAUAAGGAAACGGAAAUCUUUUACGGAAGCUACCGCAUUCGCUUCCAGUGA